AUGAAAGAAAUAAUUACAAUUCAAGUUGGAUAAGGAGGAAUAUAGGUAGGAAAUGCAUGUUGGGAAUUAUUUUGUUUAGAGCAUUAAAUUUAGUCUAAUGGUUAGGUGAUCAAUUAACAAGUUAUUGAAAAAGAUGAUAAAUUGAGAACAUUUUUUUCAGAAUCCGAUCAUCAAAAAUUAGUUCCAAGAUCUUUGUUUGUAGAUUUAGAACCUACAUUAAUAGAUUAAGUGAAAACAGGUAAAUUUAAGGAAAUGUUAAGUCCAGAAUAAUUUGUUUCUGGGAAAGAGGGUACUGCAAAUAAUUUUGGAAGAGGUCACUAUUCGUAUGGCAAAGAAUAUGUUGAUAUAUGUUUGGAAAGAAUCAGAAAGCUUGCUGAUAAUUGUUCUUCAAUUUAAGGAUUUAUGAUGUUUAAUUCAGUUGGUGGAGGAACAGGUUCAGGUUUAGGUACAUUAUUAUUAGAAAAGUUAUCAGUUGAUUAUUGUAAAAAAUCUAGAUUAUGUAUAAAUAUUUAUCCAUCCUAAGAAACUUCUGUUUUUAUGGUUGAACCCUAUAAUUCUAUUUUUGCAACUUAAUCUUAAUUAGAAUAUACUGAUGUUUGUAUCACUAUGGAUAAUUAAGCAAUUUAUGAUAUUUGUAAGAAUAAACUUAAUAUUGAAACACCAAAAUAUUCUAAUUUGAAUAGGAUCAUAGCUCAAGUGAUUUCAUCUAUUACUUGUUCAAUGAGAUUUGAUGAAGGACUAUUUACUGACUUAACAGAAUUUUAAACUCGAUUAAUCCCCUAUCCCCAGCUCAAAUUUUUAAUUUGCUCUUAUGCUCCUAUAAUAUCCCGAUAAAAUAUAGACAAUGUGCAGCUUUCAACUGAUGAAAUUUCAAAGCUUGCUUUGGAUACAGCCAAUAUGAUGGCAAAAUGCGAUCCAAGAUAGAUGGAAUAUUUUUCAUGUUCUAUAUUAUUUAGAGGAGAUAAUAUUCCUAGAGAUGUUAGUCAUUCAAUUUAUGAAUUGAAAAAGCAACAAACCAUUAGAUUUGUUGAUUGGUGUCCAUCAGGCUUUUAAGUAGGAGUUGAUUACCGAGACAUAUACACCUUGCCAGAAGAGGAUUUAUAUAAUAAUUAACGAUCAGCAUGCGCGAUUGCAAAUACAACUGCAAUGUCAUAAUUCUUUUCAGAUUUAUGCUAAAAAUUUGAUUUAAUGUUUGCAAAAAGAGCUUUUGUGGAUUAGUUUGUAAAAGAGGGUAUGGAGGAAGCAUAAUUCGUAGAAGCAAGAGAAGCAUUAGCAAAUUUAUAAAAUGAUUAUUAAGAAGCAUGUGUAGGGAUAUUUGAAAAUGAUUAAGAAGAAAAUACAACUCUAUGA